GUGACGUCCAUCGUGUUUCUGCUGGCCUUUUCCAGCAUGCUGCGGCCGGAGCAGUACUGCGCCUGGAUGGCUGCCUCCUGGCCCUGGGCGCCCAGCCUGGCGUCGCUCAGGGCCACGCUACUUGAGGGACGCCUCGGCGCGCGGCGCGAGCAGGGGGCACCGUCAGGGCCGCCAAAGCGGCGGCGCGGGCGGCCAAGGAAAGUGCGCCCGCCCCAGGAUGAUACGCCGGCAAGCAAUGACGAAGUUGACGCUGGUGGGACGGACGACCCGGGGCUUUGA